CAGUGCAGUGUUGUGUUACAGUACAAUGAAGGCUUUUUUCGCAAUCCUUUUCUUGACUGCUUCGGUUCUCGCAGAACCGAGCAAAGUCGUUCAGAAACGUAGCGGUCUGGUUGGACACUAUGGCGGGUCUCUGCUCUCGCACGGCUAUGGUCUCGGAGGUGGUUAUGGAUAUGGUGGCGGCUAUGGAGGUUAUAGCGGUGCCUUGGCCGCUGGCUACGGAGGUCUCGGCUCAGGAAUUGGAUCAGGCUUAGGGCUUUCCUCAGGCACUAUUGUUGGUGCUGACGUACACACGACCGUUACGAAACAUAUUGGCGUACCUGUACCAGCGCCUUACCCAGUAGCAGUUGACAGGCCAGUCCCCUACCCCGUUAAGGUUGCUGUCCCCGUGCCAGUAGACCGCCCCUACGCCGUACCAGUCCCUAGACCUUACGCUGUCGCAGUGGAGAAGCCUGUUGCUGUACCAGUUGACAGACCAGUACCAGUUGCAGUGCCACAUGCAGUUCCAGUGCCCAUCAUUAAACAGGUUGGAGUUCCCGUACCUCAGCCCUACCCAGUUGCCGUGGCUAAGCCAGUAGCUGUACCAAUCCCACAACCCGUGGGAGUGCCUGUCUUUAAAACCAUUAUCGGCGGCGGUUUAUCUUCUGGGAUUGCAUCUGGAUACCUUGGCGGUGGAAUCCAUGACGGAUACCACGGUCACGGUUACCACUCUAAAAUCUGGUAA